CCAGCGUUUUUGCUCGAUGGAGGUGAUUCGGAGACAGGCCGCCUUUGCGCAAGAGAAAGGGUUGUUUAAAGCGGCCCGCGCAUGGCAUGUCUCCGCCAAUUUUGUUGGGUGGAAAUGUGCAGAAACUUCCUGCUCCACUCUACCGCAAGUGUCGGAGGUGGAUUUCUUCAUUAGCCAUUCAUGGGCUUGUCCUUCAUGGAAGAAGUUCCUUGCAGCUUGCUUUCAUUUGAAUUUGGACGCUGCGAUCGUGCUUUCGAACCUGACAUGUUUCGGCGGAGUUCUGAUUCUGCGAGCGCAUGCUGGAAGCUUCGUGGGGAUUGCAAGCGCCUGCCAGGGUUGGCUACAGAGCGCUUUGAUGUUCUAUCCCAUGGGAGUCUUCCUAGCGACCUUCUUCUUCGGACAUCUCGUAAGCCGACGCAGCUUCUGGAUCGAUGGCGUGUGCAUCAACGAAGAGACUCUCUUGGCCAAGUAUCACACCAUUCAAGCGAUUCCAGCCUUCGUGGCCUACUCCAAGCAGAUGCUGGUCUUAUGGGAUUGCACCUACCUAGAGAGGCUUUGGUGUCUUUAUGAGAUAGCAGUGUUUGCGAAGACCUCGCAGACUCAUGACACCACUUUCGUGCCAAUUUGGGCUGCCAUUUGGACUUUGACCACGAUGAUUGCCAUUUUCCUUGCAUCCGUCAGCUAUUUGGACACUUUGCCACCCCACUUGGAUCUGGACACGGAGGGGUCACUUUUUCUCUCUUGGUUCAAGAGCACCUGGGGCCCUCCGGAGGGCUGUGUCAUCGCCGCACUGCCCUUCUCGUGGUUUUGCUUGCAGAAGCUGCACGGCCAUGAGAGGAUGCUUAACCAGAUCUCAAACUUUGACUUCAGAAAUGCCAAAUGCACCUUGGAGACGGACCGCGUCACCAUCGAACAGCAGGUCGUUGAUCUUUUCGAUGAAGCGUUGGAAGGUCCAGCGUCCGUGGCCUUAUCAUUUGACAUGGAAGAGGUCGAUGCGUCAAGGACAGAUGCCCAGAUGACAGCGGACCCACUCCUUCAGCUCUCUCCCCGAAGCCUUCAAAGCUUCCGGCACGUCACCAGCUAUCCCUCGCGUGGCGAGGUGGUCGACCAAUUCAACUCCUAUGUCAGAGGCCCGUUGCGACAGAGGGUGCUUGGCCUCGUCGGCAGUGAGGUGGACAUCCCUUUCAAGUGGUGCCUCACUGUGAUGAUGCCUGCGUGGUGGUCGGCCUGGGCCAUGGUGCUGGGGUGCGAAAAUCGAGACUGCCACACCUCGUGCUCCCAGGAGGGAUCCGUGCCGCAACUGGUGCUGGGAACACUCUUCACCACCGUGGUGCUCUUGUUGGUCCAAGGUUUUCAAGCGACGGCCGUCGGUGGACUGGCCGUGAUCGUGACCAAGUCUUCGUGGCCGUGGCUGCUGGGUUACAUGGCAGGUCUGGCUCUGAUCUUCUGGCAGGUCUGGUGGUUCUUCUUUAGGAAAGCCUCAGCACUGAGCCAGCGGCCCCUUCUGCGAGCCUGACAA